AGCAAGCUCAUUAUGCAAAAUUAUAGUUGCCAUAUGAAAUUUAAUUACUUAAUAAUAAACCUAGAGAGAAAAAUUUAUUGACACUGUUGUCUGUUGAGAACGUAUAAGUUACAAGACGUAGAUUCAUACCUUAUAUUACACAAAUAGAUAAGUAUACUAAUUUAACGUAUUGUAAAUAAAGGGUUUUUAACAUAUACAAAGUUUGGUUAGCAAAACUUCAUAAAGGAAAAAUUCUGAUUAAGCGUCAGUUGAUGUUGAACAAUUUGCAAAACAGGAUUAACAUUUGGCUUUGGCACUUUAAUAUAUCUCAUAUGAUUAAUACAAGUGAAAUGACGAGUCGUCCACUUGGUGAAUUUUGACACUUCGAUAAAUCCCCGUUUCUUUAAUGAAUAUAUUAUUAGUACAAAGAAUCUUAAAAAACUAUAACAGAUUAUUAUUACGAUAACGUAGAGCGACUUAUACGAGGGAAUGAGGUCAAUUCUAUUUAGCAAUUUAUGAAAAAAGUCUAAAAGCCAUAAUGAAUCAAUAUCAAACUGAAAGACGGCUCUGCUGGUGCUAUGGGCUUUUGGCUGUAGUAUUAGCGGUGUCAGUGAUAUGCACAGCCAUCCCUUACAACCACUGGAGAGCUACACUAGAUGUGUGUCCUGGGAGCUGGUUAGAUAACAAUAAUUGUGGUUGUAUUUUCUUUGGAGCGAGCUCAUCACAAUACUUCACUGGAGGUCAUAACUCUUAUUGUUUAUAUGCAAUUUUUGCUCCAUUACCCAUAUUAGUGUAUGCUCUGGUGAUGGCAUUUUUUCACAUGUAUAGAGUCUGUAUUAAUAAUAUUGGCUUGUACGAAGGAGACAAGUCUACUGGUAUGGAAGAAAUAGAAGGUGAAACAAUUGUUGUAACAACUCGUACUAGAGUGUCACAGAGUGUUGAUGGUGUAAUAUAUUGCUGGAUACCUACAUCGAGUGUUGCGGCUGUAUUUGCAUUGUACAAUCUGAUUCAUGCAGCCAUUAUGACUGACGGCUUCUUUAAGACAUGUCAACAAUAUAGAGGAUACCUUGUUAGGGAGGUUCGUGCAUCUGGUGACCAAGCAACAGUGAUACAUUUCAGACUCGCUUGUCAAGCAAUUUUUGACUUUAUGGACUAUAUACAAAAGGAUGCUCCAAAUAGUCGUCGAGGUGAUUACAUAAACACUGGUGUAUCUUUACAAAUAGCAUUGAUAGCUUCAUGGCUGGGGGUUAUUUUGUGGGUGGCGAUUUCCAUUUAUACUGCUAUCAGGGCAUAUAAGGAACGUGGUGUUUUGACCUGUUGUGGAAAUUAAUUGUUCGUAUAAUUUUCUGUUUCUAUAUUAAAAAACGAUGUGUCGAUAGUUUUAUCAUACAUUUGAUGUGUUAUUAUUAGAAAAAAAGGGUGCGUGUUAUGUACGCGCGUAAGAAGUUAUACUUCUUUGGCUUUCUUUAUUUUUUAAAAAUAUUAAAUAAU